AUGAAUUAUAGAGGAGUGGCGUUUCUAAGGUCUGUAAGACUCCAGUCUGACUUGCCACGUUUCAACAAAAAGGGUAAUAUUGUGCUAAGCGCCCUUAAGUACGUGAAGGACGUAGACAGCUUCCAGGAGAAGAUCGCCAAAGAGACUCCAGAGCAGCAGUUGGCAAAUAAACUUAUAAAGGGCAUUGAAAACCGGAAAGAGCUUCUAAUGCUUCUUUCGAUGUUCCACGGAGAAUUGGCCCAAAUAGGCAUAACGCCGUCUUCAGCUCAUCAUGAUCCAAAUCUGGGGUUGAAGUGGAAAUAUAGAAUGGCAUACUUGACGAGGUUGGCUCGAAUGCAUAACACCUUCUGGGACCUGUGCCAACAAGAAGGUAUUUCUGAACGGAACCAUUGGCUCGGGUUCCUGCCCGAGAAGAUCGGAGUGUUGGACCCCGUUCUCUACAAGGAGCAUUACGAGGAACUACAGCUGGGGAAGUUUCGGGACGUAGACUUUCGGGACGUUGAAGUCCUCGGCAAGCGAUUCAUAGCGAAAUAG